ACACUCCUUCACUCAGUCACUCUCCCCUUGCCAGUGACGGCCACCACUGCAAACAUUUUCUGCCUGCCAGACGGACCCCCCCCCCCCUCCUCUCAGUCACGAUGACCCGCACCCUCUGCUUGAGCUUUCUCCUCUUCCUCCUGGUGCUGGCCCUCUCCUGUCCCGCUCGCGCUGAACCGCGACGGACCACGUCCUCUCAGCGCCGGGCGCCUCGCGCGCCAGCCGCCAAGGUGCGUCUGGCGGGCAACUACGCGCGAGAGCCCAACGAAGGGCGCGUGGAGGUGCUGCACAACAACACCUGGGGGACCGUCUGCGACGAUCAAGUAGACAUCAAAUUGGCCAACGUGGUGUGCCGAGAGCUGGGUUACCAGGGCGGCAUAACGUGGGCACACAGCGCCAAAUAUGGAGAAGGAGCGGGACCAAUAUGGAUGGAUAAUGUACAGUGUGAUGGCUCAGAGAAGUCCUUGAAGGACUGCAAACACAACGGUUGGGGGGUGAAUGACUGUAAACACUCUGAAGACUUGGGGGUGGUCUGCACCACUGAGCGCAGGCUGGAUCAGACAGUCAGCAGAGGCUACACCACCGCCACCAGGCCCAACGGCAGCCCCGCACCUCAGUGGCAGGGCCCUGUGUCCUCCCGUGGGCAUCCAGGAUAUGGCUAUUAUGGAAACGGACACCCACAAGAGAACCCCAGGUUCCAAAGACACCACCACUACCAGGGUCACAGUAAGGUGCAAAUCCAAGAGGUCCGUCUUCGUCCCAUCCUCAUGGCUACCAAGAGAAAGAGCCUGAUCACGGAGGGUGUGGUGGAAGUGAAGCAUGCUGGGAGGUGGAGGCAGGUUUGUGACCUGGGUUGGAGCCUCAACAGCAGCCGGGUUGUGUGUGGGAUGCUCGGCUUUCCAGAGGCUACCAAGCACAAUGUCAGAACAUACAAGAAAAUAUGGGAUACCAAGGUUGCAGAUCCUUCAACAAGAUUGAGCCUCAUGUCAAAGAAGAAGGGAUUCUGGGUAGAAAAGGUUCACUGUCGGGGCACUGAAAACACCCUGUCAGAGUGCCUUGCUCAGCUGUCAAUCCCCCGUAGUCCCACCCCUUGUAAGAACGGGAGACAUGCAGUGGUGAAGUGUGUACCAGGACCUCAGUUUUCUCGCAUCUCCUCAGGAAGACCUCAGGCCCCAUAUCCAGUUGUGCCUGUGCGUCUGAAGGCCGGCCCCAGGCUGGGCGAGGGUCGCGUGGAGGUCCUCCGAGAAGGAAAAUGGGGGACCAUCGUGGAUCACAUGUGGGACAGAACAGCAGCCAGUGUGGUUUGCAGAGAACUGGGCUUCGGUACUGCCAAGGACGCCCUGCAAGGAGCCUUUAUGGGUCAAGGUACGGGACCUAUCCAUAUGAACAGUGUCCAGUGUAUGGGGUCAGAGCGCUCCAUCUUGGACUGCUACUUCCAGGAAGUCCAACCAUGGACAUUCAAACACAGUCAGGAUGCCUCAGUACGCUGUAACGUCCCCAAGACUGGCAUAGAGAACACGGUGCGGCUUGCUGGUGGUAGAGUGGCAUCAGAAGGCCGUGUGGAGGUGUUGAUGGAGGUCGGGGGUCGUAAGCGCUGGGGCACUGUCUGUAGUGAGAACUGGGGCAUCAACGAGGCCAUGGUGGUAUGCAGACAGCUCGGCCUGGGCUUUGCUGCCAGCGCUCACCAGGAGACCUGGUACUGGUCCGGUGACCCGAAUGCAGCUGAGCUGAUUCUCAGUGGAACUCACUGUGUUGGCACAGAGUUUUCGAUUCAACAGUGUCGCCGCAACAACCACGUGCAUUGUCCUCGAGGAGGUGGAAAUAAGGCCGCUGGGGUCAGCUGUUCAGACACUGCACCUGACCUCGUUCUGGAUGCCCAGCUGGUCCAGGAGACAGCCUACCUGGAAGACCGACCCCUCCACCUGCUGACCUGUGCCAAUGAGGAGAACUGUCUGUCCUCGUCUGCUGCCAGGAUGAACUGGCCUUAUGGCCACCGACGCCUGCUGCGCUUCUCCUCCCGCAUCAUGAACCUUGGUCGGUCCGAUUUCAGACCCAAAGCAACAAGAGAGAGCUGGACGUGGCACCAGUGUCACAGGCACUAUCACAGCAUCGAGGUGUUCACCCAUUACGACCUGCUGACUCUGAAUGGCACGAGGAUCGCAGAGGGACACAAGGCCAGUUUCUGUCUGGAGGACACGUACUGCCCCGAUGGACUGCAGAAGCGGUUCUCCUGCUAUAACAUGGGUGAUCAGGGCAUCUCUGUGGGCUGCUGGGAUACGUACCGCCACGAUAUCGACUGUCAGUGGAUUGAUGUGACAGACGUACGGCCAGGAGACUACAUCUUCCAGGUGGAAGUCAACCCCUCAAUGGACAUGGCUGAGUCUGACUUCAUGAACAAUGUCAUGAGAUGCCGGUGCAAAUACGACGGCCACAGAGCGUACAUGUAUGGAUGCCAUGCAGGUGAUGCAUACAGUGCAGAGAUUGAAGACCUCUUUGAGCACCAGAGGCAGAUCACCAACAACUUUGUGUAGCCCCUCCCAGGGCCCAGUACGAAGGCCUUCCAGUGGGGCCCAGAGACUACUCAGGGUGGGCUGAGGUCGAUGGCUCCAGGCCCUUGGGACCUUAGGACCCACAAUAACGGAGAACACACAAAAAUGGCGCCUGUUCAUCUCCUUGGCAGACGUGGAUAAAAUAUUCAUAAGCGCAUCAUAUUACAACAGCGUCCAUUGCAAAGAGUCCAUUGACAACAAGAUCGGAGCAGGUGCCUGAUGGCUCAACAUGUUUUUUUUACUCUAGUUAAAAAGGUAUUGGAUAACGAUUCAACCUAUACUGAUUUUUGUGAAUGUGGACGAUUAGUAACUUAAAUUAGUUAUUCAAAACAUAUACACAUGAAAGACCUAUAACUAAUCUGUCACAAAGACAAUGGGGAAGUCGGUGCUGCUGGGAAAUCUCAUUCCCGGCCUCAAAAAUAUGAAAAUCUGAGGAAAAAGAAAAAAAAAUUGUGAGUUUGUAUAAUUUCUGUCUCUGAUUUAAUUCACAUGUAGCAAAACGUACUAUAAUUGGCUCUGUUGGUGUUAUUUCACCCAAAUUCUCUACUUAUUGAAUCAUUUGUAACUUCCGCUUGUACAUUACAUUAUUUCAAUAUUGGUGCUCUGUAACAAUACUGUGUCAUUAUAUUAACCUCACUACAUUUCAGGUGAACAGUGUUGUAUAAUUCAUUUCAGGUAGUCUCCUUUUACAGUUAAUUAGAUAUUUUAAAAAUUGCUUUGGUUUGAACAAAAUCAUCGUAAAUCGUGCUCCAGAGUUUUGCUUCUCAUCUAGAGUAGGUAAGAAAAGGUCAAAUGAUUUUUAAUGGAACAAAGCACUUUAUCUUUUAAACAUCAGUAUUCUAGUUUUGCCCCAACAUUUUAAUUAGCUACCAAAUUGACUUUUUAGGGAGUUUAUCUAAAAAAAUGCUCCAUUAUGUUUUACAUUUCAGGAAGUGAAAUAUAAGGUUUGUGUUUAGUUUUCAUAUACAAUGUACUAUUUAUGCUGUAACUUUAUUUAUUCAUGGUCUUCACACAUACUGUACACAGCAUGCUCAGUAAAGAGUUUGUUAGCUAGCGUUUGACUAACCGUACUGAAUAUUUUUUGUUUUUCUGACAUAAUUAACCAGGGAGAAAAAGUGAUGUUGUGCAGAGGUUACAGAACAUGGCAUCAGAGCGUUCCCAUGAUGCAGAUGAAUAAUUGUUGAUUCAUUUCAGUUAUUAAAACAACUGUAACUGUACAGUUUUCCCCUCCAGCCUCUCUGAUGGGAGGGAGAACCGGCAUGACAAAACCACAGUAUUGUGGUAGGCAGGCAGGCUGGGUUUUGAGAGCAUAUAAAAAGCCUUUUAAUUACGUCUGUUUGGGUUAGACUUAAGGUUACGGUUAAGGUUAGGGCUAUAGCAUGUGCUUUAUAAAGAAACGCUAUGGAUUUGUUGCUUGUCGGAAUCAGGGAAAGAGCAAGAAUCUGGAUUUCCAUCCUUACAAGAGGAAAGACUCUGAGCGAGGGAGACGGCGAGUGAAUGAAUGAGAAAGUACGACAGAAGGAGGGAAGGGGACGAAGUUUGGAGAAAGACUUAUGCAGACAUACAGUUUUUACUACCAGAGCUGCCUUUUUGUCGGCAGCCAUGCAGAGACCACAAGCUGGCAUUUUCAGCUCCCCAACGAGAACAACAUGUUUGUCUGGGAGAAAAAAUAAACUCCUCAAUUCAUGCUUCAACACCGUAAACAGUGACCUUAUUUUCACUGAAGCCGGGCUUGCUGAAAUAUACUGUUUCUGUCUUUACUAACUUUUAAGCUCCGCACCAAACAAUGAUGCAACUCCAUUUUCUUUACAACAUGGAACUUGUGUUAAUCAUGCUGUUUCACCCCACUUGUGUGUUUGAUGUGUUGGGCUUAUUGUCUGGGUGGUUAAACGUGUUUAGAUGGUUUUCUAAUGGACAGUUUCCAGAACACGUUGUGGAAAAGGACACGUCACUCAUUUAGACGACCGUAGACUUCAUUAGUUUCUUUAGCAGAUGGUCUUCCUCCUCACUGGGCCUUCAUCAUUUUGACUCCAUGAAGAAAUAAUUUGCAGAUACAAAUGUUAGGAGAUCGAAAAGAACUGUUUGCUGAUGUCUUUUCUGUUGUUUUGUGCUUGUGUACAGAUGAUAUUGACAUAUUACCAUGGUCUGUUAUUUGUGUUAUUUAAAGUAUAUAUCACUCCAUAGCUUAAGUUGGUUCACAUUCACCACUCUCAUCACAUUACUGUAUUUGUACCCACAGCACUGGGACAGUGUCUGCCAUGGCCAGUCAUGCUUUUACUUUCUCUUUAAAGCUGAGAGUGUGAGCUACGUGGUGCUUAUGUACAAUCACAUUCAUAGAAAGCUGUGCUCUCAGGGACUUUUAACUCAUCUAAAGAGUAAACAUUACAUGUCAUUUGAUGUGAUUUAGGUUGCUUUUAGCUGUGAUGCACUCACGAUGACACCAAAUGAACUGCAGCUGUAUUUUUAUUUUUAUUUUUUUCGUCAGUGCUAUUACAAAAAGUAUUCUGUACCCGCGUGUUUUAUUUUGCAGGUAAAAUCUUCAGGUUCUGUUUUUCCUUGAGAAGAGUUAGGAUAACUGGAUAGACACUGGCUGAGUCAGAAGCAAAUUUCAGUUUCAGUUACAGAACAAAUCACAAGCCAUUCAUUCAUCAUUACUGUGAAUCAAUAAAACUUCAUCACAUACUAAA